CCAGUCGGCAUUAAUGGGUCAAUUUGAAGUCCUAUAAGCGCAAAAAUGACCACUUCCUGUAGAGAGGCGCGUCGUAUUGAUCUAAUAAUAGAAGAAUCUAAGAAGUUGUGACUGCAUCACAACAUCGUCACAGAUGUGCUUGCAGACUUUUUUUUUUUUUUUGGGGGGGGGGGUGAAAAAAAAAUGGCGUCAGACGCGGUCGAGAGCCUUCCAGCACAUCUGGACGAGCCCGUGCACACAUCCACGCCCGCAGAUGCCUGCAGAGCCUCCGAACCUCCACGGGAGGCUCCGCGACGCCGGAUCAAGAUCGCCUCGUGAAGAAGUGACCUUCGCCGUGCAUGGAACGUGUCAGCCAUGAAGAAGGUGUUACCAUGGUUACUACAGACUCACUGCUGCCUUUUCUUGGACAAGAAUUCAGACCAGAAGUUUACACCUUGGUCCCGGUCUCGAAAGUUCAAUGAAGCCAGACACCUCCCUCUGGCCAGGAACAUGAAGGGCUUAUCGGGGAGCCGCUCCCAACACCAGAUCCCUUUACCCCAUGGGCUUGACUAUGACCCUCAUGUGCAUGACCUCCACACACACCAUGGCUUGGACUCCCGCCACACCUCCUACCUGCUCAGCCCAACACAGAGCUGUCCUAUGGACUUCCAACAUCGCUACUCACCACGGAGCUCCAUCCACUCUGACUGUAUGAUGAUGUCCCCGGUUGUGAUGCCUCCUGUUGCCGUGUCUGACCACAUCUCCAGCAGCACGUUCCCCCGAAUGCACUACAGCUCUCAGUAUUAUGAUUCAGCCACACGGGAUGACUGCGUCGCUAUCACUGCCUCUGCCACCUCGCCAGCAGUUGCUGCUGCUGCAGCUGCUGCUGCUGCCUCCUCGCACCAUGCCGGCACCAAGAGCAAUCGCCUGCCCGCCAACCUGUUGGAUCAAUUUGAAAAGCAAAUGCCACUACACCGGGAUGGCUUCCACACGUUACAGUAUCAGCGCACAUCCACCACCGCCGAACAACGCACCGAGAGUCCUGGCCGUAUCAGACACCUUGUUCAUUCUGUCCAAAAGCUCUUCACAAAGUCCCACUCCCUGGAGGGAUCAUCAAAGAUGAAUGGCACAAAAGGUGACAUUGUAGGAGGUGGAGGAUCAGGGAGUUACCAUCAUCAUGGGCAUCAGACUAACAAACAUGGUAGCAAGAGGAGCAAGAGCAAAGAACGCAAGCAACGAUCUGGCGGCUGGUGGAGCUCCGAUGACAAUCUGGAUAGCGACAGCACCUACCGCACUCCCAGUGUUAUGUCACGACACCACGGGGAACAUAUCACCCAUUGUUACCCAGAUUCCAUACAUGGACACCACUUUGGAGAUCUGUCACUCAAGGCCUCGAAGAGUAACAACGACGUCAAGUGCAUAGCGUGCGACAGUAUGGCAAUGGCGCCUGAAGGCAAAUUCAUGAAGAGGAGCUCCUGGUCUACACUGACUGUUAGCCAGGCUAAGGAGGCCUAUAGAAAGUCAUCACUCAACUUAGAGAAAACCAUGAUGCACGCAGACCUUAAGCCUUCACGGACCUGUCACUAUCUACAGGUACCUCAAGAUGAGUGGGGUGGAUACCCCGGCGAGAAGGAUGACGAGAUCCCAUGUCGGCGGAUGAGGAGCAGUAGCUAUGUCAAAGCUAUGGGAGAGGUGGAUGAUGAUAGUGGCGAUUCCGAAAGCCCCAAGACCUCCCCACAGAAAAGCAUUCGGCCAGAUGCUCUUGUCCUUAAGUCAGCCAUGCACAGACCGCAUUUUGACUCCCAAAGCCCGGGCUACCGCUUGCAAACCAUGAGAGAUAUGCGGGCCCACCCGAGUGUUACGCUGGACCCUGCCACCACUUUUCAUCCACCGCCCUUCCGCUCUCGCAACCAGAGUUACAUGCGUGCUGUCAGCACCCUCAGUCAGGCUAGCUGCGUCAGCCAGGUGAGUGAGACUGAGAUCAAUGGCCAGUUUGAGUCAGUUUGCGAGUCCGUUUUUAGUGAAGUAGAAUCCCAGGCUAUGGAGGCCUUGGACCUGCCGGGUUCGUUCCGCACUCGAAGCCACAGUUACCUCCGUGCAAUACAGGCUGGUUAUUCCCAAGAUGACGACUGCUUGCCUUCAAUGACAUCCUCCACUGUCACUUCAACUCUCAGAUCCACAACAGAGGGAUAUGAUGUUGUGGAUGCGACCUCGUUUCUAAAUGACGACAUGAUAGAGGACGAUGAUGCUGCCAGCUCCUCUGCCUAUGCAGAGCUGGAGAGGCUAGAGAGAGAGACGGUGACUGCUCGCAGUCAGCACAGUACUAGCUCCACCGUAACGGCCAUCUCGGUGCCCCCGACAACACCGCCAUCAUACAGGGUCCCCAGUGCCUCGCCCAUGGCCGCCACUGAGCCACCGGUCCCUCAAGCCAUCCAGGCCUUCAAGGAGUCUGCAAACAUGGUCGCUGCCUUUAACAUGCAGUGGAAGGAUGAAAUCUCAGCUAUGCGCUAUGAGCUGGCAGAGCUACGGCGAGAUGUCUGUGGGGAGCUGAAGACUUUCAACAGCAAUUUCUUCAAUUUCACUCAAUGCUACAAUAUGUGGACGUUGUGUCGGGAGCCAUGCAGCGAUGGCACCACACAAACACAAGACAGAGUGUCCAUUGGAAUCCAAGCAGGAUCCAGCUGGUCCAUUCGGCAGCAUACGCAGGACAAGUCAGUGAUGUGUCAACCUGAACCGGCGCCGUUUAGCAUCAUGGAUUUAAUUAACACACCCCGAAUUGAGAUCAUAGAGGGAACCCCCGAGAGCACACCAGAGGGUCCGGGCAGUCCUGCUAGCCCACUUCCCAUAGAGGACUUCCCAUGGGAGAUCAACAAAAAGCAAAGGGUCCCUAAGCCACAAGAAAUAUGUGGCCACACAGGUGGUCACAGAAGUGCAAGUCUCGAACUCUGGUGCAGGAAGUACACCAGUGGGCCCAUGUCAUACAUGUCUAUGUCGUUCUAAUCACUCCCGUCUGUCAUUCUAUGGGACACGAUGAGGAAGCCAUGGCAAAACUUGGUAUUUUCUUUAAAAAAGGUUAUUGUUAGUCCCUUUAUCCUCUGCAGACACUAUCUGUUAUCUGUCAAAAAGGUUAUGAAGUUCUUUUAACAGCCUCUAAGAGACCACUGUUUUAACCUUCAGAUUGACGUGACACGUGAAUGUGAGCGAGAUGGUAGCUGAUCUUUAGAUCAACAAGUGCCAACAAGAGCAGCAUUGUCUUUCCUCAGUUGUCUUAAAAAAAUAAAAAAUAAAAAAUCGAACUCAAGCAAAAUUUGAGGAUGAAUAACAAACAAAUUGGUUUGUCUCUGCACAUUCAUCUUAACUCAUGUUCAUUCCAGUUUCUCCAUGUAGAUACACUAUCUUCACCACCUGCGUAUACUGUGAAUAACUUAAACCCUAAAAAUAGUUUUCUAAUGAAUGCAUCAAAAUGAAUAAUACUAUGUAAGAAUAUAUUUAAAUGGAGUUAACUUUUAAGAUAUUCCAAUCAAAGCGUUCUGUCACAAUGGCCUUUGAUUUAUUUAUUUUUUUAAGCCAAUGUUGAAUAUUUCCAACAUUAAAUAAAGUUUAUGUGGACUAACCACCAAAGGUAGAAACUGUUAUCAUUUAAUAAAGAGAAAAUGGACAAUUUGGUUCAAAAUAACAACAACAACAAAAACUCGAUAAAAGGGUUGAUUAACAAUGUAGCUUGAGGUUAUGAACCUUAAAAUGAAUGACAGACUGUGCAGUUACACAACAUUUAAAUGAGGAAAAACAACAAGGGGGCUUCGAAAUAAUCUAGUACAAAUGGUAAUGGCUUCAAAAGCUCCAUUUAUGUUCCAGUCAUGUUUGUAUAUAAAUGUACAAUUUUGUAUACAUAUAUGUAUAUAAUACUAUAUUCAAAUACUUACUGUACUGGUUGCACUGGUUGCAGUUCUAAACAUACUGUGUUGGAUGAGCAGUGAGAUAUGUUAGUAAAGAGUAGUCAAUUUGGUUCGAAACCAAACACAGCACCUUUUCCAUGUCUAUGAGGCCAUUUAUUUAUUAUGUCCAUCACUUGGUUGGUAGCAGUGGUCACUGAAAGUUUGGUGCCUCAACAAUCUUUGGUUGUACAGUAUUAUUUCAGUGCAUGAGUCUACAAAUUCCCAAUUUGAGGUGGUAAAAGCUUGACCUAAAUUUGAACUCUUGCUUCUGAAAGAUCAGCCCCCAACGUAGACAAUCAGAGCCGCUGAGGGGCUCUACCUCGUCGACAAGUCCCCAGAGGUGCAAUUUGGUACCAAUGAAUGUACGGAAACCGCCUCACUAGUGAUGGCCGAGCUGGGCUCGUGACUAAUUUUAAUGGGUGGGAACCCCUGUUGAGGUUGUCAGUCACGACCUCGCUUAUGAAACAAUAGUAACCCAUUCGCCGCUAGCAUUCACUCUCGCCAUUCAUCCGCUCUGUUAUUCCCUUCUCCCAACAUGGUGUACCAAAGUUGAAGCCCAAAGAACUGGGGCUGACAGAAAGCAGCUUCAUGUUUUUAAGCCCUUAUAUCUGGACUAUCACAUUAAAAUACUGUCGCUGGUUAGAAGAUUUGACUUUCCGGAGAGUACCUAUGUCACGUGAUAAAAAACGAAGGCUCUGAUUGGCCGAAGACGAGAUCUGUGUAUCGCCGAUCGAUUGCUAUUCCUUACAGUUCCCUGAUGUCUGUCACAGCUGAAUUUAAAUGCAAUGUUUCAAAUUAAACAAUACAAAUUAAAAUUAUGUUUUUCAAAUUCAGUUUUUGAAUACAAUUAUUCAAGUGUAGAAAUUCUAAUUCGAAUAGAAAUGACUCAAAUUGAGUUCCUGCUGGCACAUAUUUCAGCCCAUAUACGCCGGUCGGAGAAAAUACAAAAACCGGGCCUAGCCCAGCCCUUUAGAGAGUUGCACCAGGCGUAGCGCUGUAUUUGCACAAGUCAUGAAAAGAGAGCCCAUAGACUUGUCCUUUUUUGAACGUUUUCAAUCUUAGACCCGCAGACCAGUUGGAGAAAUUUGACAUUUGGCAUUUGACUGACUGUGGAUGAAAUUGACAACAAAAUUAUUGUUAUUUAUUAUUAAUUUUAGAUAGCUGAAAAUACUAAGAAAAGUGUGAUUCGUCCAUAUUUCAAGAAUAAUCUUUACAACCAUUGUUUUAACAAUUAAAUUACAUGCUUUGUAACAAAAGAAAAAUGUUAAAUUAAGCCUGUUCACAUUAAACAUAUGCAUCACAUAAAAAAAUUGUAAAAUAGCUACUUACCUACUUACUGGUUAUUGUUGAGAAAUAUGAACACAGUUUAGAGAGAGUAAUUCCAUCAAAUCUAUGAGAUACAGACCUGCUAACUAGCUAUUGACUUUCCAUCCGUGUAUAGCGUUGCAAUCGAGUGAUGCGAAAAUCUCGCACUGAAUGUUCUCAACUUCUGAUUCCGUGCUAGUUUUGUAUUGAGCAGAAUGAAUUGUGUCAUUGUGUCUAUUUGGAUGUAGCUCAACUUCCCACAGCUGAAGUUGCAGGCUACUAACUAGUCAAGACAUAAUCAACAGCACCUCUGCUGGUUGCAGUUAAGUACUGCACUCCAUUCAUUCCCCAUCAAUUUCAAAUAAUCAACAUAUUUCUUAAUGAUCUAUUCAACAACUAAUCAGUUAUUAUGCCCAUCCCUAGGAGUAAUACAUUUUAACAAAGAAUAAUUAGCUUUUUGGCAUUGGUAGGUAUAUUUUUUCAGCAGGGCUUUGUGAAAGAAAUGUUGGUAGAUGGGUAAAGGUUCAAAUUUAUUUUUGCUAUAUCCCACAUGUGCAAUAUUUAACAUUUUCUGUUAUAUAUUUAAAUGUCAACAAAAAGCAGGUUUUUCAUUAUUUCAGUGAAGGCAUAUGACUGUGAAAUAUCUAGCUUAUAAAGAUUUAUAUGUAUACAUAUACACAGUAUAUUUCAAUAGACAUUAUUCGAGGGAAUUACAAUGGCAUUUCUCAACAAUAUUUUCUCCUUUGUUGGGGGAAUGCAAGGUGAUUUUAAGGUGCUGGCCAAUCAUGAUGUCUCCAAUCUGUAUUCAUUCAUUCUAUGCAAAUUAUUGGUUCUUUGGUGUAUUUUUGAUUCAUCUGGAUAUUAAGUUGCUUGUGAUCGAAUGUUUUUUUCUUUUGGUGACAGUUUCUUUCCUACAUAUGCUGUAUUAAAUGAAACUUAAUUUCUGCACUUGCUUGUUUUCGCCUACCACAAUCAAAACUUUAGCUGGUGAAUUUCUUUUGUAGUAGCAUCGUGUACUCACACAAGUAUUUUUUGUUGUUGAUAUGAAAUGCUGUGCAAAGUCAUAUUUUUCUAAAACACAAACACAAAACUCUCAAAUUCAGUAAACCUAUUUGAGUUAUCUUGAGUUUCAUCAUAAUGUCAUCAUUUUUCCAGAUGUACCUUGAUAUAAGUAAAUGUAGCAACAAAAAUCAACACAUUGGUCUAUAAAUUAUUUUAAAAUAAACAUGAAAAGUAGACAUUUUCGAGUAGAGAGAAAAUGGACAAAGGGUAUUUUUUCCAAUGAAAUCUACAAUUGGCUGUUUUGUUUCUUCAUCCCAAUAUAUUUGUUAGAAUAUUCUGUUGAUAAUAUGUUGUCACCCAGAGAUCUAAUGAAACAACUGUGCCAAAUGUAUCAUAUGUAGUUAUUAGGACAAACGCUUUUGAAUGGAUCUUAGUUGCACCUGAUACGCUCCCAUUUUUUAAGCCUUUGGUUCUCUUUCAUGGUUAAUUUCUUCACGAGGAAAUGUGCUUCUCUGUUUUGCAUCAGUCAUGAUGCAAUUUUCAGGGAUCUCAGACUGCAAAUGUUUAGUGAAUCUGAUUCUGUCCGUGUUCUAAAACAUCCCUUUUGAAUACAGUCGUUUAGCCUGCAUUUGUUAGCUUGUGCUUAUAUUUUGUAAACGAAUGAAACGUAUGUGAUACUUUUGCUUUCAAAUUCUGUUUGCUUACUGUGGUGUUUUUGUGAAUUUUCCAACUUUUCUUGGCCUUAUGUAUUUUUCAUAAAUUGAUAUAAAACACUGAAUUAAAAAUGCUUAGAAUGUUUAUGUUGAUGCCAAUUUAAUGGGGGUCAUAGCUUUACAAUAACAUCCCAAAAAAAGUUACACACACCGAGUUGUUUACCCUAAAACACAUCAAAAACAUUUUAUAGGUCUUGUCAAGCUUUUUAUUUUAUUUUUAUUUUAUUUUUUAUUUUAGGAAUGCUGUCAUUUUUUGGGUUGGUUAUUAUUUCCUUUUUCUUUUAUUCCCCAUUUCAGGCGCCCGUAGCUUAGCUGGGGGGCGUAGAGAGUACGGUAGGUCCGGUAGGGAACGGCUUUAUUAUUUCUUUCUUUUAUAUGUUUCAUACGUUUUGUCUGACCCAUUGACAUUUUUCACUUGGUAGAAAUGAAAAUGAUUUCAUGCUCACGCUAAUGUAUUUGAACUGUCUUCAUUUUUCUCACAUUGAAGUCUGUGGAAAGUUUGUGUACUAGUACUUGGUAAAGGAGUAAAAAACAAAACAAAAAGAAGUAGUUGCCAUCAUGUGAGUAGUAGCACACAAUCAUAUUUAUUUUUGUUGGCAACUGUUCAAAUCUGUAUUUUGUAUGCUUCUAGAGGAUAACUUCACAGAGCAUGAUUUUUUUCAGAAAUUCCAUACUUUAGUUUUCUUCAUUUGCUGUUUAUUUGAAUCUCUUUAAAAUUUAAGGUCCGUUAAAUCCUAUUGUUUUUAACACUAAUACAUCCUCUUGCUUUAACCAUUUUACAGAAUCAAUUAUGACACAUUACUGUAUCUUUUUGUGUUUUUAAUGUACUGGCAUGCAGCAAGGCAGGUUACGACCAAAUAUACAGCUUUGUUCUACAAACCAGCACAAAUCAAUGCUCUUAUUAUCUCUGAAUAAUAACAACAUGACAUUUUUUACUUUUACGAUAAUUACAGUGGAACCUCAAAAGUCAAAUGACCCUAAGAUUGUACAAUUCCUAUCCAUCCAUCCAUUUUCUGAGCCACUUCUCCUCAGUAGGGUCGCGGGCGUGCUGGAGCCUAUCC